AUGGACCAAGGUAGAAAGGUCAGGAAGAAAGGAAAGGACACAAAUGAAGAAGAGGGACAGGAAGAGGAGAAUAGAAAGGACAGGGAGAGUAGAAAGGACAGGGAGAGUAGAAAUGACAAUGAGAGUAGAAAGGACAGAAAGAGUGGAACGGACAAGGAGAGUAGAAAGGACAGGAAUAGUAGAAAGGACAGGGAGAGUAGAAAGAACAGGGAGAAGAGAAAGAAUAGGGAGAGUAGAACGGACAGGGAGAGUAGAAAGGACAGGGAGAGUAGAAAGGACAGGGAGAGUAUAACGGACAGGAAGAGUAGAAAGGACAGAAAGAGUGAAACGGACAAGGAGAGUAGGAAGGACAGGAAAAGUAGAAAGGACAGGGAGAGUAGAACGGACAGGGAGAAGAGAAAGGACAGGGAGAGGAGAAAGGACAAGGAGAGUAGAAAGGACAGGGAGAGUAGAACGGACAGGGAGAGUAACAUUUUGUAA